AUGAAUGAUGAAGAGGAAAAUUUACAACCAUCAAGACCAAUUUCUACUUUUAAUUUGGAGACUACACUUGAUGAUAAGGAACCAUUACCUUUGGAUCAAAAGCCUAUUGCUUGUAUUGUUUUGGGUAUGGCUGGAAGUGGUAAAACAACAAUUAUGCAAAGAAUUAAUGCCUAUAUUCAUGAAAAGGGUCAUCCUUCUUAUAUUGUAAAUUUGGAUCCUGCUGUAUUGGACGUUCCUUAUGGAGCACAUAUUGAUAUUAGAGAUACUGUCAAUUAUAAGGAGGUUAUGAAACAAUUUAGUUUGGGACCAAAUGGAGGAAUUUUAACAGCACUUAAUUUAUUCUCAACUCGUUUCGAUCAAGUUGUGGAUUUGAUUGAUAAAAAAGCAAGAAAACUGGAUUAUGUAUUUAUUGAUACACCAGGUCAAAUUGAAAUUUUUACUUGGUCUGCCAGUGGUCAAAUUAUUUCAGAAGGAUUGGCAACAUCUUUCCCAACCUGUAUCAUUUAUGUUAUAGACACUCCAAGAAAUACUAGUCCAAUUACAUUCAUGUCAAACAUGUUAUAUGCCUGCUCAAUUCUGUAUAAGACUCGUUUGCCAUUCCUUAUUGUUUUUAAUAAGAUUGAUGUGGUGAGACAUGACUUUAUCAAUGAAUGGAUGAAAGAUUUUGAAGCAUUCCAAGAUGCUCUUGCUAAGGAUGAAAGUUAUAGUAGUUCAUUGGCUCAUUCUAUGAGUUUAGUAUUGGAUGAAUUUUAUGAAAAUAUUGACACUGUUGGUGUGAGUGCAAUGACAGGAGAAGGUGUUGAAGAAAUGUUCAAGCUAAUUGAUGGAAAAUGUAAAGAAUAUGAGGAGACAUACUACCAAGAAUUACUCGAAAAGGAAAAAGAAAGAGAAAAAGCAAAACUAGAGAAACAAGAUGAAGAUAUUCGAAGAUUAGAACAAGAUUUUAGACGUUUUAAUACUGCUGGAAAGAAGCAACCAAAAACAGAAGAUGAAGAAUUACAAGAUUUCCUCCAAGAUAUAAAGAAAUAA